AUGACCCCCCCCAUGACCCUUACCCAGAGUGGGGCCCCUCCCCCAUCCCUGCCGGGCUCCGAGGGCGAGCAGGAAGAUCCCCGGGAUUACUGCAAAGGGGGAUAUUACCCAGUAAAGAUCGGGGAUCUUUUCCACGGGUGCUACCACGUGGUUCGGAAGCUGGGCUGGGGACAUUUCUCCACCGUGUGGCUGUGCUGGGACCUCAGGAAGAAACGUUUCGUGGCGCUGAAGGUGGUGAAAAGUGCACCCCAGUACACGGAGACUGCUCUGGAUGAGAUCAAGCUGUUGAAAUGUGUGCGGGAUUCAGACCCCAGUGACCCCAAACGUGAGAACAUCGUGCAGCUCAUCGAUGACUUCAGGAUUUCGGGGGUCAAUGGGGUCCAUGUGUGCAUGGUGCUGGAGGUGCUGGGGCAUCAGCUCCUGCGCUGGAUCAUCAAAUCCAACUACCAGGGGCUGCCCCUGCCCUGCGUCAAGAGCAUCGUCAGGCAGGUGCUGGAGGGUCUGGAUUACCUGCACACCAAGUGCAAGAUCAUCCACACGGACAUCAAACCUGAGAACGUCCUGCUCUGUGUGCAGGAGCCUUUCCUGAGGCACCUGGCGGCCGAGGCCGCGCGCUGGGCACGGGGGGACGGCCCCCCCCGGGCUGCAGUGAGCUCAGCACCUCAGGAGGAACCUGUGAGUGAGCGGCUGUCGCGGGCUCAGCGGCGGCGGCGGCGGCGGCGACAGCGGCGACAGCGACAGCUGCUGGCACAGAGACUGCGGGACCUGGAGCGGCUGUGCGACAGCGACAGCGCGGGGACAGCGCGGGGACACCGCGACAGCGGUCCGGGGGACACCGGGGAUACCGGGGACCCCUCCCCGGAUCCCCCAGAAGAAUUUGGGGGGAGCCCCCCGAGCGGGGCCUCAUCUUCUGGGGUGCACACCUUGCCAGCGGGGGGGUCCAGUGAUGGAUUUUCGGGGGGCUCCUGCACAUCCGGGGUGGGCUCGGGACCCCCCCGGCGCGCCCCCAGCCCCAGCUCGGCCUCGGACUCCCUGUUCACCCCGACCUCCAGCUCCCUCAUUUCGGGGGGCUCCGAGGGGAUCCCCAAAACCUUCGGUGAGGGGGCGCUGCCGGGGGGGCAGGAGAACCCCCUGGACCCCCGCGCUGCCCCCCGGCUGCGCAUCAAGAUCGCUGACCUGGGCAACGGCUGCUGGGUGCACAAACACUUCACCGAGGACAUCCAGACCCGGCAGUACCGAGCCCUGGAGGUGCUGCUGGGGGCGGGCUACGGGCCCCCCGCUGACAUCUGGAGCACGGCCUGCAUGGCGUUCGAGCUGGCCACGGGCGAUUACCUGUUCGAGCCGCACUCGGGGGAGGAGUACAGCCGGGACGAGGACCACAUCGCCCACGUGAUCGAGCUGCUGGGGGAGAUCCCCCGGCACGUGGCCCUGGGGGGGCGCUACUCCCGGGAGUUCUUCAACAGGAAAGGUGAGCUGCGCCACAUCCGACACCUGCGGCCCUGGGGGCUGCGGGCGGUGCUGCAGGAGAAAUACGAGUGGCCGCGGGGGCCGGCGGCCGCCUUCGCCCGAUUCCUGCGGCCCAUGCUGGCCUUCGAGCCCGCCCGCAGAGCCACGGCCAGCCAGUGCCUGCAGCACCCCUGGCUCCGCCCCCAGCCCCAAUAA